AUGGGAAGCUCUUCAGCAAACACGGCUUGCCAUCCCUUGUUUCCUGCCCACCCAUCCUUCUCCUCUCCUCCCUCUAUUAUGGGUGGAACUUUGCUUAAAGGAGGGGUUGCAUAG